AUGGCUGACGCCUCUUCAUCCUCUUCCACAAAACUUCAUCCGAGCGGUUUCAAUACUUACAAUACCCAGCUCCAAAGUGCCGCUCUCAAGGCGACUAAAUGUGCGGUCGGGAUCCCUUCAGACCUCGCGUUUCACCGCUCUAUCGACCGUGGCUUCGCACGAGACAUCGACGCAUGCUCCGGGCGGGUCCUGGCGCUCACCAACCGACUGCUCGCCCUUGCAUCUACUGCCGACGCCUCUGCCGACGCGCGAAGGAAGGGCAAGGCAAAGCUUGAAAGCACAGACGAUGUGGUAGACAACUUCCAUUCGCUGGUCAUCGAUUCGAUGGACCAGCUGCUCGAGCGCGCAGAUAUCUGUUUGGACGAGUAUCUCGGACGCUCCAAGCCGCCCGCAAUUACUGUGAAUUCUGUGCAGCCUACUGUGCAGAAGACCAAAAGGCCUAACGUUCCCCAAGGAAAACUUGAUCCUGCGUUACAGCAUGCGUCCCACAUCCCGAAGCCACAACUGCGCUUCAAGCGCAAAGUUGACAACAGCAGGCAUACGAUCUGGCGGCCCACGUUGGCUCACAAGUACAACGCCCAAGUUCCGCUCGGGUAUAGCUUUGGCGAAGAAGAAGGCGAGGGCGAGGAUGACAGUGAAAUUACUAGCCUACAUCCUUACCGCUACGAGAUCAAGCACAUCCCGUACCCGUCACGCAUGUUCUCCCUUUCCUCUCCCGUUAAGCCCCGCUCUUUCGACGAGACGCCUUUCACAUGGGUGGAAACAUCUGAAUCGUUCAAUGCGAUGCUCGACAUGCUGCGUGGCGCGUCAGAGAUUGCGGUGGACCUCGAAUAUCAUAGCUAUCGCACGUUUGGAGGUUUUGUAUGUCUGAUGCAGCUGAGUACACGCGAUGCAGACUGGGUUGUCGAUACGCUGGCUGUACGCGAAGAUAUGGAGGCGCUGAACGAGGUAUUCACAGAUCCCAAAAUCGUCAAGGUGCUACAUGGCGCGGACAGUGACGUCGUAUGGCUUCAGCAGGAUUUCAAUCUUUACGUCGUAAAUCUUUUCGACACAUACCAUGCGUCAAAAGUGCUAGAAUUCCCAAGACACAACUUGGCGACGCUGCUGGAGAUGUAUUGCGACUUCACAGCAGACAAACGAUACCAGCUUGCUGACUGGCGCAUUCGACCGCUUCCCCAGGAAAUGCUCCAUUAUGCCCGUUCAGACACCCAUUUCCUACUGUACAUCUACGACAACCUUCGCAACGCUCUUAUUGACCGCGCGCAAUCCCGAUCACGAUCUCAGUCGCGCGCGCAAAGUCCAUCCGGUUUCGCUAGGCCACCCGGGGCAGCGACACCCAGCGCCCCACAGAACUUCAUCCGUACCGUACUAUCGCGCUCAGAAGAGACCGCGCUACGCGUAUAUACGAAGGAGUCGUACAACGAAGAAAGUGGAUCAGGCCCUGGUGGUUGGGACACACUUGCGCGGAAGUGGAACAAGGGCGCAUUAGUGAAGGAAGCAGGGGAACCAGAGGGUACGGGCGUGCAGGCACUACAGCGCAGGGUGUACCGGUGCGUUCACGCGUGGCGAGACGCCGUAGCAAGGGAGGAGGAUGAGAGUACUCGCUAUGUCCUCCCGAACCAUUACAUCUUCAUCCUUGCCGAACGCCCCCCCGCAGAUAUGGCGGCACUGUUGUCUGUGUUCCACCCCGUCCCGCCUGUGAUCAGGCGGCGCACAAAGGAACUGCUCGAUGCCAUCCGCGACACCGUGAAGGCGCAGUUGGGCAAUACCGGAGCAGCUAAUGUUACAGAGCAACAGCAGCAGGCAAGCGAAGUGUCCCCGGAGACGGUGAAGACCAUGCAGGUCAACGAAGCGGCUUCGAAUGCAGUCAUUAGUAGUUCGUCGACCUCACUAUGGGCCAAAGUAUUGCCACCAUCUGCGGCGGCUCUCUCGUCCUCGCUGUUCGGAAAUACCUCUAAUGCCAUCUACAAAGCUGAAGUGUCGGAUCUCCCUCCGUUGAGAAACAACGCGAUGACCGAAUCGCAUUUCCGAGAGGUGGUAGCACGCAUUCACGGUGCUUUGGUUAUUGCACCGUCCGCGCUCAAAUUGCCUAUAACUCCACAAGUCGACGAAGAAUCUGCUGUCGCGGAAGUUGAGGAAACAUCGGAAAUGGCAGUCGAGAUUCCGUUUAUACCUGUCUCACAGCGCCAACCACAGCCUCUGCGAGAAGUUCUGGACCACUCCAUUGUGGUGGUGGGCCAGUCGCGCACAAAAAAGCGCAAACGGGACCGCGGUGCCAGCGGUAAGGAAGGUGAGGGUGCAGAAACGCCGAGUGCGAAUGAGGAAGGCAAGGCGUCGGCGGAAGGGACACCAUUCGACUACAAUGCUGUGUCGAACAUCUUGGAUGAUGCGUCCGAUUUGGAGCCGGAGGAGCAGGGCGCGCGGAAGAAGAAGCAUCGGCAAGGCAAAGGCGCAGCUGGGCACCAAUACGGAAACUUCCCGGCCCCACCGAAGGCACAUAGUCAGUUAAAGAGCGGGAACCAGUCGCGUACGUUUGGAUAG